GGCCUGGCAGCAGAGACGGAUUAAUGUUCCACAUCCAUUUGCUUACGUUGUGGAUGACUAUUGAACUUGAUUCAUUUAUUUAUCUACUGAUUUUUUCAUCCUUUCUGGGGAGAAAACACAUUGAUUAUACAGUAUAUCCUGCUAGAGCUGCUAUCAUAGUGAAAUCUUUAUUAAUUGAGAAUAGCACAAGAGAAAUGAUGCCAGAAAUCAAAAAAAAAAAAAAAAAAAAAAAAAAACCCAUCACAAAAAUCAAAGUAGCAGGGAGAGGAAGAGAGGUGGAGCUGGGUGAACUCUUUGUUAGAGAGGUGCUGGUAUGUUGUUCAUCCUGCCUCGUGUGUUUGAGAGACGGUGCGUAAGCUUGGGUAACUAAGGUGUGGGUGUAUUCCUCUGUGGCCAUGAUCUUGGUAAUAUGAUGAGUGAAUUCUGGUUGCAGCUUUUUUUGUCCCCCGGAGAUUUAAUGUAGUUUGCUGUGAGUGUCAGCAACCUCCCUGCAACAACGUGUUAUACCCUGUUAAGAUCUCCAGUGUGUCGCAUUCACGGGAUAAAACGGGUGCAGUCACCCGUGAGAUGGAUGCGGGGUCAUCAGUGGCUGUUAGCACAGGUGAGCCAGAAGAAUAACCAAGUAAGCAAGCUGCAUCUGUGAAUGUUCGCUGCAGAGAGGAGGGAUUUUCCUUCAACUGCAGACACACUGAGCAGGAAAUUAGGAGAACAAUAAGAUAUAUUUGUUCAGCAUUAUGAAACCAAGGAUGCGUCAUGGUAGUCCCUUUGCAACAGAGGCAUAUAUGCGUAAAAUCCUGCUUUUACUAUUUUUACAGCUAGAAUUGAUCAACAUAUUAACGACAAACAGCCAGGGGCCUGUUUAUUCAUCGCUGGAGUCUAAAAUAGUGUAAUUAUCUUCAAGUCAUAAAGACAUCUUGACUGCAGUUUCGCAUAUUUGAUCACUUGAAGAAAAAAAAAGUCAAAACAGGCGAACCCUGUUCCCUCCUCCUCCAAAUUGUCUGUCUUUGUAGUACCACUAGGCAACAGUGAGUGCAUCACUGGAAACGUGGAAGUGCGCAGGAGCUGAGCAGGGAAGUCGAAGAGAAAGAAGGAUCUGAGCAGCAAAAAAAAAAGGAGCAUCUGGUGGAUCUGUGCCGCUGAACCAUGAGAAUCCAGUCGAUAUUUCUCUAAGAGAGGGGAAAGGGUGCCCGAAAAGAGCCUGGCAAUCAGCGUCGAUGCGCGCAGCCGAAAAUGACGACAGUGGGACAGUGAUUUUCUUCCUCCAGCUCGUCGUUUUUUACUGUCAUGUGCUUGGAUGCAAUUUAUCUCCUAUGUAUACAGAUCACAAAGGGAGGACUGGAAACCGACUAAUCUCCAACGCAGCCGCAAGUGCGCACAGAGAGGACUCGUCCUGGGAAGCGUUUCCAGCGAAUAAUUACGCAGAAAUAUUUGUGUUCCACAGACCGCUGAAGGAUUUUGAAGUUUCCCGUGAAAACUUACUCUGUGAGUACAGUUUUGAACAGGUCGAUAUAGCCCCAACCUCCACGGGCGAUGAGUAAUCCACGACGCAGCAACUGAUAAACCUAAAACCUGGACUGCGACUGGCGCGUUUGGAUACCUUUAUCCUGUGCGUCGCUUAUUCUUUUUAUUUUUCAUAUGGCUUCUAUCUCUGGGCUUUGGCAAUUAAUCGUACACUAUAUUUCAUGGCUGUAGAGUGUAGCAACAGUAGUGUGUGGCGAAAGAGGACAGUGCAAGACUAACUGGGGGCGAAGACAUCGCACUUUUAACGCCUUAUUUCCAAACAAGAGACAUUGCGCACGGGCACCAACGACUGCAGCAAGUACAAGCCAGACUUUUUUUUUUAAAUUAAAACAAAACAUUGAAUCCUUUGUUAUUUCUUUCGCUUGCUGUCAUCGUAGUAUGUCUGCACUUCGAAAGAAAUUUGGGGACGAUUAUCAGGUAGUGACCACCUCAUCUAGCGGGUCUGGAUUCAAUCAGCCUCCCCCGGAGAAAAAGAAGAAGCGGCAGCGGUUCGUGGACAAGAACGGGCGAUGUAACGUCCAGCAUGGGAACCUGGGUGGUGAAACCAGCAGAUACCUCUCAGACUUAUUCACAACACUAGUAGAUUUGAAAUGGCGCUGGAAUCUAUUUAUUUUCAUCCUCACCUACACAGUCGCUUGGCUCUUCAUGGCCUCUAUGUGGUGGUUCAUCGCGUACAUCAGAGGAGACCUCAACAAAGCCCACAAUGAUAAGUACACUCCAUGUGUGGCCAACGUCUACAACUUUCCCUCAGCCUUCCUGUUCUUCAUAGAGACCGAGGCCACGAUAGGAUAUGGCUACAGAUACAUUACAGACAAAUGCCCCGAGGGGAUCAUUCUCUUUCUGUUCCAGUCGAUCCUCGGAUCGAUCGUCGAUGCAUUUUUGAUCGGCUGCAUGUUCAUCAAGAUGUCUCAGCCCAAGAAACGGGCCGAGACUCUGAUGUUCAGUGAGCAUGCGGCGAUUUCUAUGCGAGAUGGAAAACUCACUCUCAUGUUCAGGGUCGGCAACCUGCGUAACAGCCAUAUGGUCUCUGCACAGAUCCGCUGCAAAUUGCUCAAAUCUCGCCAGACGCCCGAAGGCGAGUUUCUUCCACUGGAUCAGUUGGAGUUGGACGUAGGUUUCAGCACCGGGGCAGACCAGCUCUUUCUCGUCUCACCACUCACGAUCUGCCAUGUGAUUGACACCAAAAGCCCCUUCUAUGACCUCUCCCAGAGGUCCAUGCAAACAGAGCAGUUUGAAAUCGUGGUGAUAUUAGAAGGAAUAGUAGAGACCACAGGAAUGACCUGCCAAGCGAGGACGUCAUACACCGAGGACGAGGUUCUGUGGGGACACCGCUUCUUCCCGGUCAUCUCCUUGGAGGAAGGUUUCUUUAAGGUGGACUACUCUCAGUUUCACGCCACAUUCGAGGUGCCCACUCCCCCUUACAGCGUGAAGGAGCAGGAGGAGGCCCUGCUCCUCUCCUCGCCCCUCAUGGCGCCGUCUCUCUGCAACAGCGGGGAGAAGAACAGCUCUCUGGACUGUCUGGAGACCCUGGAGGACAAUGACAGCACCACCAAGCUGCCUACCAAGCUCCAGAAGAUCACAGGGCGGGACGGUCUGCCCAAGAAGCUGCUGAGGAUGAGCUCCACCACCUCAGAGAUGACUUACAGCUUUGGAGACCUGCCCAUGAAGUUGCAGCGAAUCAGCUCUGUUCCUGGUGUCUCUGAUGAUAAGCAGGCUGGUAAGGCGGCCAAGAUCAGCACAGAGCCCAUCAGUAAGUCGGUGGCAGACUUACCCCCCAAGCUGCAGCGGUUGGCUGGGGGAGGAGGGGGCCGGAUGGACGGACACCUGCCGCCUAAACUUAGAAAGAUGAAUUCAGAUCGCUUUACAUAAAGCAGGCAACAUAUUUUAACUUAUGCCAUCUACUUUUAUUUCCCUACCUGAAGUCCUUGUACAAUUCCUAAUUUAUUAAUGGACAAUAUUCUUAUAUUAAAAGAAAUGUAGAAUAUGUGCACAAAUACCUUAUAUAAAGUAGGGUGAUGGAAUUAAGCACAUUUGUUCCUGGAUGUAAGUGUACAUGCUAUGAUGAAAGACCUCUGAUUCUUUUUUUUUCUUUUUUUUUUUAACUUUUUUUUUUAGGAUGAUGUACAAUUAGCACAAUCUGGCAUGUAAGAAACAGCGCAUGUAGAACAGAAUCUCAAUAAUUUCUGGCAUGACAUUUAUUGAUAUAUUAUUUUACAAAAACAAUUUCAUUAGUGAAUUUACAGACAGUGGAAAAAUUGCACAAAGCCAUAUGAUUUACAACAUGGAAAACCUACAUUACAUGGUUCUAAUUUGUGGUGACGAAAGGCACAUACAUUUGUUUUGAGUUGAUUGCUUUUGUUGUUUAAUGUAAAAUCGUGGCAAUGUUAUGUUGAUUGCAUGCUCCUCUUAUUGACUUAGCUAUACAAAGGUAAUAGACAAAGAUGUUUAGCCUUAACUAUAUUACCUUGUUUCCAUUUUCAUGUUUGUUCACAACUGUAUUUUUGGUAUUUCAUAUAUAGACUAUUUUACCAUGUGCGAUUUUAUGACUUUAUUAGGUGAUCAAAUACAGAAUAUGUUGCUAGAUGAUGCAUUUUUACAUUCAAAAAUGCGUCGUUAGCAUCAUAUGUCCUAUCUGAACUGGGCACAACGCUAUGCGACUUUCACUUGCUUAUUAAAGUAACACUUAAGUUGAAAGAUUCAACACUUGUACUUGAUAAGCACAAAACAAUCAUUAUAUAAUACCCUGUGAUAUUAGAAAGCAUUUAUGGGCAUUUCGUCUUAAAUUAACUGCUUAGAGCAGUAGUUUAGUACUGUGCAAUCACUUUGUUUCAUUAUAUAACAAAACACGAUUUGCAGUAGGCCUUUGUGGUCAUGUAAGACACUCCAUUAGAAUUUCAACUUAGGUGUUACUGGUUAGAUUUGGUGGGCCUGUAAGAAAAUCAUAACCUUUGUUUUAAGGGCCCAUAAUAUCCCUCCUCUGUGAUGAAAGCAAUAAUAUUAUAAUGACUAUAAUCUUUAUAUAGCCACAGGGUCUACCACAGCCCCAUACUCAUUCUGUUUACUGAAUCCAUGCCAUGAAAUCUGGUUUUCUCUAAAUGCAUCUAAGACAUUGUAUGAUACCCAGUUUCUUCAGGAAUAAAGAUCUAACAUAACUGUUUAGCAUCUUCCUACUUUGACUAGAUGUAAGGCAUGCUUUACCCUUUCAGUGAAUAAAUUACUACCAAUAUGCAUAUUA